AUCGUAGCGUUGUGCAUCUCCCUAUUCAUCUUUGCCUAAAACCGUAGCGUUUUGCAUCUUCCUACUCAACUCUGAUAAAGGAUAGAAAUAUGUUUAUCUUUAGUCAAGUUUUAACCAAGUAGCAGUUAGUUCAAUAAACGUCAAAAAUUUGACGUUCUUAUAGGGAAAAAUAAUGGUCAUAUACGGUGUGUAUAUAGUCUCAAAAUCUGGUGGUUUGAUUUUUAACCACGAUCACAACAUUCCGAGGGUAGAAACCGAGAAAUCGUUUAAUUAUCCAUUAGAUGUCAAGCUGACAUACGAAAAUAAGAAGGUGGUGGUAGCGUUUGGUCAAAGGGAUGGAAUAAAUGUGGGUCAUGCCUUGACAGCAGUAAACGGUAAUCCUGUCACAGGACGGGAGCUCGAGGAUGGUAGAGACGUUUUGGAGAUGUUAGAACAGCCUGAAAACUUCCCAAUAACAUUAAAAUUCAGUCGAGCGAAAAUGACAACUAAUGAAAAAAUUUUCCUGGCUUCUAUGUUCUACCCACUUUUUGCAAUAGCAAGUCAACUUAGUCCAGAACCGAGAUGUUCAGGGAUUGAAGUGCUGGAAGCAGAUACAUUUCGGUUAUAUUGUUACCAAACGUUAACUGGUGUUAAAUUUAUCAUAGUCGCAGAUCCAGUGCAACCAGGAAUGGAUAUUCUUACAAAACGUGUGUAUGAACUUUAUGCAGAUUACGCUUUGAAGAAUCCUUUCUAUUCCUUGGAAAUGCCAAUUCGUUGUGAAUUGUUUGAAACGAACUUACAAACGUUGCUAGAGACAAUAGAAAAGUCUGGUAUAAGUAAUGUUUAAAAUUAAUUAAAUAAUAGUUUUUUUGUAGUAAGUUCAAUGACUAAGGUAAUUAUAAUACGAUAUUGUAAAGAUUAUGUAUAAUAUUUUCUAACAUUAUAUAUUUCUAAUAUAUUAGUAACAUAAAUUAACGAGACAGAAAAUUUAAUUAUACUUUUUUCA